UGUUUCGAGGGGCCUCACGUGGCACAGCAGUCGCGCAGUGAAAAUGGGAAAGGUUGCAAUCAUUUCUGUUGCAAUUGCAGCGCUUUCAGUCCUGCUCGGGGAGAGGGUCCUCAAUAUAAGCAAAAGGCACCUUGUCUUCAGGGAAGUGCCUAACAAACAUCUCCCCAACUGCAUUACACUCAAAAACAUAGAACAUGGGUCGGAGGAUAUAACCAUUCUUGGCAAUGGGCUUGCCUUCAUCAGCACUGGGCUCAAAUUUCCUGGACUUCCAACCUCCGAUGUGCCAGGAAGAAUUUACACACUUGAUCUCAAAGAUCCUCAUCUGAAACCGGUGGAGCUGCAUAUGCCAAGGAACUUUGAUUUGGAGUCAUUCAAUCCACACGGCAUCAGUGUAUACACAGAUCCAAGUGAUGAUACGGUCUACCUGUUCGUUGUUAAUCAUCCUCAGUUCAAAAGCCAAAUAGAGAUCUUCAAAUAUGUGAAAGACGGUGCCUCACUGGUUCAUCUGAAAACCAUAAAACACGAGCUGCUGCACAGUGUGAACGAUAUUGUUGCAGUUGGGGCCGAGAGUUUUUACGCCACUAAUGAUCACUACUUCUCUAACAAACACCUGAAAACCUUGGAGAUUCUUUUGCUCAUGCCUUGGACCAACGUAGUGUACUAUAGUCCUAAUGAAGUGAAGGUGGUCUCUGAGGGCUAUCACUUUGCCAAUGGCAUCAAUAUGUCUCCAGACCAAAGGUAUAUAUAUGUGGCAAACAUAUUUAACCACAGUGUGAAUGUGCUGGAGAAGAAGGAAGAUAAUACACUGACUCCUGUAAAGUCUGUGGCCUUGGGUUCACUUUGUGACAACAUUGAAGUAGAUCCUAAAACCGGUGACCUUUGGAUGGGCUGUCACAUUAAUGCAAAGAAGCUUUUCCUGUUUGAUCCCAAAGACCCCCCGGGAUCAGAGGUCAUCCGCAUCCAAAACAUCCUCUCGGAUCAGCCCGUGGUGACCCAGGUGUAUACAGAUGAUGGUGGUGUGCUCAUGGGCUCUUCUGUGGCUGCUGUCUAUGGGGGGAAGCUGCUCAUAGGGACCGUGUUCCAUAAAGCAUUGUGUUGUGAUUUAAAAUAGUAAAGAGAAGGUGUUUUAAGGAAGAUGAGCCGAUAAAAUAGAAAUCAAGAUGUA